AUGGGGCUGAGGUUGUGCCACUGGGCUCCCCUGGGGUCUCUCCUCGCCCUGCUCGUUUCCAGCAGCAUGGCGUACAUUGCUACCAGAGAAAACUGCUGCAUACUGGAUGACAGAUUUGGUAGCUUCUGCCCAACAACUUGUGGCAUUGCAGAUUUCUUUGCUAAAUACCAUUCCAUUGUGGAUAAUGACCUGCUGGAAAUGGAGAGACUUUUGCAGCGUAUUUCUAAUGCCACAGUAACAGCAGGCCAUCUGAUCCAACACAUCCAAGGCCUCUAUCCUUCAGAAAAGCAGACAUUACCAAAUUCAAUUGAUGAUUUCACUCAAAAGUCCAGGAAAAUAAUUGAAGAAAUUAUCAGAUAUGAAAACACUAUAUUGUCUCAUGAAACUACUAUCCAACAGUUGACAGACACACAUAUAAUGAACGGCAACAGGAUCACAGAGCUGAAACAGAAGAUUGCCCAGCUUGAGUCACUCUGCCAGGAGCCGUGCAAGGACCGGGCUGAAAUUCACGAGACAACUGGAAGAGAUUGUCAAGACAUUGCAAAUAAGGGUGCAAGGAAAAGUGGACUGUACUUUAUCAAGCCUCAGAAAGCCAAGCAGUCAUUCCUAGUCUACUGUGAGAUUGACUCAUAUGGCAAUGGCUGGACAGUACUACAAAGGAGACUGGAUGGGAGCGAAGACUUCAGUAGAAAUUGGGUUCAGUACAAGGAAGGAUUUGGACAUCUGUCUCCAGAUGACACCACUGAGUUCUGGCUGGGCAAUGAAAAGAUGCAUUUAAUAACUACACAGUCCACUCUGCCAUAUACCUUACGAAUAGAGCUGGAGGACUGGAGUGGCAAAAAAAGCACUGCUGACUACGCUGUGUUCAGAGUGGGGAGUGAAGAGGACAAGUACCGACUGACCUACGCCUACUUCAUUGGCGGCGACGCCGGGGAUGCCUUUGAUGGAUUCAAUUUUGGGGAUGACCCAAGUGAUAAAUCCUACACCUACCACAAUGGCAUGAGGUUCAGUACCCACGACAAUGACAACGAUAACUAUGAAGGCAACUGUGCUGAGCAGGACGGAUCUGGGUGGUGGAUGAAUAGAUGUCAUGCUGGCCACCUCAAUGGCAAAUAUUAUGUAGGUGGUGUGUACACAUCAGAAGAUGCUGGUCCAUCUGGAUUUGACAAUGGCAUUAUCUGGGCAACCUGGCGUGACCGGUGGUACUCCAUGAAGAAAUCGGCAAUGAAAAUCAUCCCAUUCAACAGACUGUCAGUGGAUGGACAGCAGCACAACUUAGACAAUGUCAAACAGGUUGGAGACGCAUAAAGAACAAUUUGGAAAAGUCUUAACAGGAAAAUUUUCCAGUCUGAACAGGAAAAGCAAAUCUUUUCUUAAACACUGAACUUAGCAAAACAUUACACAGUUUUGACUAUAAAGCAACAUUGACUGUAAGAUACCCAAACCUCUUCCCUGAGCAGUGCAUACCUCUGUUGAUGGUUGGUUUUUUUUUCUGUACACAUUCUCAAUAAAUUUUUGAUUAUAAC